AUGAUAGGUCGGUCAACUAAGGCGCGUCGUGGGCCUUGGGUGGGUGCGAUGUAUUGAUGUGUGUCCUUUGGGUAAUUGAUCGUGCAGAGGCCGGGGAGACCGACAUUCUGGUAGAGGCGGGGUUUGUGUCGACUCUGAUCAGUCUGUUGGACACCUGUGAGCGCAUCGGAACAAGCGUAUCGCUUUGUCUGAUUUGCCUCAAGUCCCUGAUCACGGGCCAUCGAAAGGUCAGGUCUCCACCCACCCUGUGGCUACCACAUUUGACCCGGCGGCGUGUGUAUAGGUGCUUGAGACCGAUGGCCUAGCGGAGGCCCUGUGUGGUGCGUUGCUGAAGGAAGCCCGUGGAGAGUUCCUCCACUGCGAAGGACUAGGGUACUUUCGCGACGUUGAUCGCAUGUACGCCAUCGACCUACUCAAGGGACUCGUGAGGUGAGUCAGUGAGGGACGGCUGGAGGGAGGGAUUUACUGCGAAGCAUCUCUCUCUGUGUGUGUCUGUGCCUGUCUGUCUGCAGCUAUGGCAGAUCGCUGGGUGGCAAGACGGCGCACAAUCCCUACACACGCCAGAUACUGCAGGUACCAAUGUUGCAAUAUGAGCAUCCACAUCCACGAGCCCCAUCCACCUGCCUGUAUCCAUCAGCUGGAGUCGGUCAAGGCCAUGCGGGCCCGCAAGAACAACAUCAACGUGCCACCGCAGGUCAGCCGCGCACACCGCACCAGGCACGAGACCCAUGCACCCACCCCGGCUGCCAUGACUGUCUGCAGGUGUCGGCCUUCUUUGACUCGCUGGCACACCAGGACAAGAGGGACAGCAAGGCCAAGUCGACUCAGCCGUCCUUGUCGGAUGCUCAGCUGGCGGCAAAGGACAGAGAGGCGCAGCGCAGAGCAGACGAGCUCAUCGAGGAGGAACGGCGCGAGAAGGCAGCCAAGACCAAGAAAAACAACAAAGCCAAGAAGGGCAAGGCCUCCGAGUCGGCAGUGGAGCCGUCCCUGCCCUCAACGGCCGCACCAAGCAGGUGGGAGGGACAGCCACACGCACCACCACAGACCAGUUGGAACACUGCGUGUCUGCUGUGUGCAGGUCGUCGUCUACUGUAGUGGAGGAGGACGUGGAGCCGCCCACGCCGUCUUCAUCCAGUGCCGACACGUGAGCAACCAACCAAUCUACUUGGCGCGAUGUACGCCCAACCUCCAUAGCAUGUGUCUGAGCGGCCUCUUUUGUAGGUCGGUUCCGUCGGUUGCACUUGCAGCGGAUGGGGGGCAGCGAGAGGGAUUGAUCGAGUCGACAGCGAAUGAGGAGAGCGACGACAACAACGGCGACAGUGACGACAUGCUCAUCAACUCGGCUUUCGGCCAGCACGCACGACAGAACAACACCGACAGCCACAAAACACACAAGACCGGCAAACAGGGCAUGAAAGACCUUCUCACACCCACCCCUGACCCGAAGCCACUGCCCCCGCCCCGCCCCUCCACCACGUCCACCGAGAAGGGGCAGGGCCGUCACGGCAAACCCCGCCUCUCCACGGCCACUGCGUCCCUCCCCGCGGCUGUGGAUGGGCAGCAGCACAACCACACCAACACCAGCACCAACAAGAAACAAACGGCGGCCCCCCCGCGAUUCGGGCAAGGUUCGCUGGCCCCCUUCGCCAAGGUGAUGGUGCCCGCAGAGGUGGACGAUGACAAGGAGGGGACAGUCAGCCACAACGCGGCUCAAUGGGCGGCGGCAAACGCUCCCCCAGAAACCUACGACAUCGAACUCAGCCUCAAACCCGUCAAGGACAUCGACGCCUUGGAGGACGGCCUCUUCUCUAACGACAUGCAGACGUACAUGGCGUCGGCACAAGGUGUGACGGCCAGCGUCGGCGAGCUGCCGCUGCCGGUUCUGAGACUCAACCCCAAGAGCCCUGAGUUCGUCAAGCGCGUCGCCGCUCGCCUCGGCAGGGAUCGGGAGGCCUUUCGUCGCAUCCUGAUGCGUCUGGUGGACGAAAGGAACAAGGAGUGCCAGGUGGCGACUGCCGACAUGCUGUACCGCCUCGUCUCUGAGGGUCUGCUGUCGUUCGUGGCCCCGUCGGACAUCACCCACAUGGUGCAGGAGAUCUGGACGGUUGUGGGGGUGGACUUGGCGAGCAAGGGGGUGUUGGUCGAGCUCCGCGGUGAGGUGAAGAGCCUUGUCGCCUUCCAGCUCAUCGGGACGCUACCGACAGACAAGCCCUUCCCCCCCGUCGAUGUGGUGCUCAAAGCUCGCAUGUACCUGAUGCGAUGCGGGCUCAAGUCGGCCCGCAACAGCCUCCUGCAGACCCACAAGGCCACCAUCUGCCAAGUGCUCAGCAUCGUGCUGGAGAGCGGCCCGCAAGGGGUGGGUUCUGAGGCUAUUCGAUUGGUGCAGGCGAUAUACGAGCCGAGCCCGCCCGUCACGCUGCCCGUCGCCGUGGCGGUUGAGGUGUGCAGCAUGUUUGUAGAGGCCCUGCAGCUGCCAGCGGACCAGCAGCCUGCGGGUGCGAGGGACUUCUUCGCGGUCAUGUUCAACGCCACAACACUCUGGAUGAUAGGUAAACAAAGAGGGAUCGACUUCUGUCAUGCAACUUGUGUCUUGAUUGACAGGUGAGGAGGAGUGGUCUGUGGUGAGGGCUGCGCUGAGUUCCCACGUAUACUCUCAUUUCGGAGGCCUGGUCGACCUCAUCGCUCAUCGCCCAGCGUCGACGUACACCCGUUGGGCGGCCAGUCUCACCCUGGGCACCUUCAUCCAUGCGUCACUCACCCUGUGCAUCAAAAGAAGGAAAGGUAUGUGCACAUAUGGAUCGGAGAAGGUAGGCGGGCCGAGUGCAGGCAGGUACGUGUUUGCGCAGCUGACGGUCACGCGCUCAUCGAGAUUGAGCAGCAUGGUGUGGACAAGGUGCUUUCUCCCGCCCCGAUGCCGAUGGAGCCGCUUCGGCGUCUGGUGCUGGAUGCAGUGGCCAGGGAGGGCCUGGUGACCGCUGCAAGCCUCGAUUAG